CAUUAAAGUUUAUUUUGUUAGUUGUAGAUUAGUAUUAGAUAGUGCGAGAUAAUCUGUUAGUGACAAUUUCUCACGUUGAUAUGUUUCAAUUCAUAAAAUCAGCUUUUCCUAAUAUAUAUUUGGUAAAUAUAUAUAUUACGAACAUGAUAGUCAUAGCACAUAUUCAUUACUCACAUAAACACACAUAAGAUAUGUUGCUAGCAUUGCCAAUUUUUGCAUUAUUUCUUACUCUUGUAGUACUCUUCCUUCACCUUAACCCUAGAAAAAAUGUCUCAUUACACCACCCACCUCCCGGACCUAAAGGAUUUCCCUUUAUUGGUAAUCUUCAUCAGUUCGACCCUUCUAAACCUCAUGUCUACUUUGCUAAUCUAGCCAAGACGUAUGGCCCUAUAUUGAGCUUGAGAUUCGGUCAUGUACCGAUUGUUGUGGUUCAAUCAGCCAAGCUAGCUAAAGAGAUCCUCCAAACACAAGACCUAAACUUCUGCAGUAGACCAUUAAUGAUGGGAAUGCAAAAGCUAAGUUAUAAUGGUUUGGACAUAGCUUUUGCACCAUACGGUGAGUAUUUUAGGGAAGUAAAAAAGUUAAGUGUUGUUUAUCUUUUGAGCUCUAGAAGAGUUGAAUCUUUUGCUCAUAUACGCCAAGAAGAAGUUUUAAGGAUGAUUCAAAAGAUUUCUUCCCUCUCAAGAUCUUCACAGAUUGUUAAUUUGACUGAAUUAUUAAUGAGUUUUGCAAGAUCCAACAUUUGUAGGACUGCAUUUGGGAAGAGGUAUGAGGAUGAUGAUAAUUUAGGAAAGAGAUUCCAUAAGCUCUUAAAUGAAGUUGAAGCCAUGUUUACAAUUGUCUUCUUUGGUGAUUAUUUCCCCUUCCUUGGAUGGCUUGAUAAGUUAACAGGAAAAUUCUCUAAACUUGAUAAGAUAUUUAAGGAAUGUGAUGCAUUUUAUGAAGAAAUCAUUAAUGAUCAUCUUGACCCAAAUAGACCAAAAACUAAUGAGGGAGAAGAUCUUGUUGAUGUUCUACUCCAUAUCAAGAAAGAUCGAUCUUUUCAUCUCACUAAGGAACACAUCAAGGCGGUUUUGAUGAAUAUAUUUGUUGCGGGAACGGACACAAGCUCAGCCAUGGUAGAGUGGGCAAUGACAGAGCUAAUGCAAAAUUCGAAUUCAAUGAAAAAGGUGCAAAAAGAGCUUAGAACUGUUGCAGGAAACAAGGGAUUUUUAAAUAACGCUGACCUCAUGGAGUUAAGUUACUUCAAGGCUGUAGUGAAAGAAACAUUAAGAUUACACCCUGCAGCUCCAUUACUAAUUGUGCGUGAAACAAUUCAAAAAAGUAUUAUAGAAGGGUAUGACAUCCUACCCAAAACACAUGUUUAUGUAAAUGCAUGGGCAAUCGGAAGAGAUUCUAACUCGUGGAAAGAUCCAGAAAAAUUCUUCCCUGAAAGAUUUUUGGGAACUUCAAUAGAUUUCAAAGGAAAUGACUUUCAACUAAUUCCUUUUGGUGGUGGAAGAAGAAUAUGUCCUGGCAUGCUACUUGGCCAUACUAAUAUGGAACUUGCUCUUGCCAAUUUGUUAUACUCAUUUGAUUGGGAAUUGCCUAGUGAUUUAAAGAAGACACACAUGAACACUGAUACACUCCCUGGCAUUACUAUGCAUAAGAAACAUCCAAUUCGUCUUUUCGCAAAAGAAUUUCAGUGAUAAGUCAUUUGGAGAGCAAAUAAUACUUUUCAAUAAAGGUUAUAAGUUUGAUUAUCAUAGCCUAUCCUAUAAUAAAAAGGAAAUAAUUGAUAUUGAUAUAAUAUUUUCUAUUUAUUUAUACUUUUCAGAAAAUAUCAUAGUUCGAUCUCAUUGAAUCA